CCUCCUUCCCUGUCCUCCUCUCUCACCAUCCAUCUUUGGAUCAGCAACAUCUCCUUAGGUUUGGUUGCAUUGCGUGCCAUGGCCUCAAACUCCAUGGGAGGCUUGUAUACUGGUUCUCACAACCAAGGCGAAGACGAACUCCAUGUGUUGCGCGCCUCUGAAGAGAACCGGCAUCCAACACGGCAGUCAGUGCCGAAAGUGUGCAGAGUUUGUGGAGAUGAUAUAGGAUACAAAGAAGAUGGGGAGUUGUUCGUGGCAUGUCAUGUGUGUGGCUUCCCAGUUUGUAGGCCUUGUUAUGAUUAUGAGAGGAGUGAAGGCACCCAGUGUUGCCCUCAGUGCAACACUCGCUAUAAGCGUCACAAAGGUUGUCCUAGAGUUGCUGGAGACGACGAAGAUUUUGAUGCAGAUGAUUUUGAUGAGGAAUUUCAGAUUGUUAAGAAUCACAAUGAUCAUGACUCUGCUGAUGAGAAAAAUCAUGCCAUUGAUAUUCCUUCGGAGAAUGGAGACCAUAAUCAACAGAAAUGGCAAACCAAUAAUCAACCUUUCUCUGUUCAAGGAAGUGUUAAGGAUUUUGAAGGAGACAAAGAGGUUUUGGGUAGUGCAGAGUGGAAAGAAAGAGUGGAGAAGUGGAAAGUGAGGCAAGAAAAGAGAGGCUUGGUGAACAAGGAUGAUGGAAAUGAUGAUGAUCAAGGCCUAGAAGAUGAUUUCCUAAUGGCUGAAGCUCGGCAACCACUAUGGCGAAAAGUCCCCAUCCCCUCGAGUAAAAUCAGCCCUUACCGCAUAGUCAUUGUCAUCCGGCUUGUGAUUCUGGCCUUCUUUUUCCAUUUCCGUAUCUUAACUCCAGCCUAUGAUGCUUUUCCCUUGUGGCUCAUAUCUGUGAUUUGUGAGAUAUGGUUUGCACUCUCAUGGAUACUUGACCAGUUCCCUAAAUGGCAACCCAUCAACCGGGAAACUUACUUGGACCGCCUAUCCUUGAGGUUUGAGCGUGAGGGUGAGCCUAACACCCUAGCUCCAGUUGAUGUCUAUGUGAGUUCAGUGGACCCUCUCAAGGAGCCUCCAAUCAUUACUGCAAACACAGUUUUAUCCAUUUUAUCUGUUGACUACCCGGUUGACAAGGUGUGCUGUUAUGUUUCGGAUGAUGGUGCUUCAAUGCUCCUCUUUGAUGCACUAGCUGAGACUGCUGAGUUUGCAAGAAGAUGGGUGCCAUUUUGCAAAAAGCACACCAUUGAGCCAAGGGCUCCUGAGUUCUAUUUCUCUCAGAAGAUUGAUUACUUGAAGGACAAGGUUCAUCCAAACUUUGUCAAGGAGCGCAGAGCCAUGAAGAGAGAGUAUGAAGAAUUCAAAGUGAGGAUUAAUGCAAUGGUAGCAAAUGCUCUGAAGAAACCUGAAGACGGGUGGGUGAUGCAGGAUGGUACUCCAUGGCCUGGAAACAACACUCGUGAUCAUCCCGGAAUGAUUCAGGUUUAUCUGGGAAGUGAAGGAGCACUGGAUGUGGAUGGUAAGGAACUGCCACGUCUUGUGUAUGUUUCACGUGAGAAACGUCCUGGAUAUCAACAUCACAAGAAAGCUGGUGCCAUGAAUGCUAUGGUUCGAGUUUCUGCAGUGCUUUCUAAUGCACCUUUCAUGUUGAAUCUGGAUUGUGACCACUACAUCAACAACAGUAAGGCUAUAAGAGAAGCUAUGUGCUUCCUAAUGGAUCCCCAGCUUGGAAAGAAGCUCUGCUAUGUCCAAUUCCCUCAAAGGUUUGAUGGUAUCGAUCUUCAUGACAGAUAUGCUAAUCGGAAUAUUGUGUUCUUUGAUAUCAACAUGAAAGGCCUAGAUGGGAUUCAAGGACCGGUAUAUGUUGGCACAGGAUGUGUCUUCAACAGGCCGGCAUUGUAUGGCUAUGAUCCGCCAGUGUCAGAAAAGCAACCUAAGAUGACAUGUGACUGCUGGCCUUCAUGGUGCUGCUGUGGAUGCUGUCGUGGGGGUUCGAAGAAGUCCAAGUCUAAGAAGGGUGGAGUAAGAAGUCUUCUUGGGGGACUUUACUCGAAGAAGAAGAAGAAAAUGAUGGGCAAGAACUAUGUGAGGAAAGGGAGGGGACCAAUGUUUGAUCUUGAAGAGAUUGAAGAAGGGUUUGAAGGUUAUGAUGAGUUGGAGAAAUCAUCUCUCAUGUCACAGAAAAACUUCGAGAAACGAUUUGGACAAUCCCCGGUUUUCAUUGCUUCCACUCUCAUGGAAAAUGGUGGGCUUCCUGAAGGGAUUAAUAGCACAGCACUUGUUAAGGAGGCCAUUCAUGUUAUAAGUUGUGGCUAUGAAGAAAAAACUGAAUGGGGAAAAGAGAUUGGUUGGAUUUAUGGUUCAGUUACAGAAGAUAUUUUGACUGGCUUCAAAAUGCAUUGUAGAGGAUGGAAGUCAGUCUACUGUGUGCCAAAAAGACCAGCUUUCAAGGGAUCUGCUCCUAUCAAUUUGUCAGAUCGGCUGCACCAAGUUCUGAGAUGGGCGCUUGGUUCUGUCGAAAUCUUCCUCAGUCGUCAUUGUCCCUUAUGGUAUGCCUGGGGAGGAAAGCUGAAAUUGCUGGAGAGACUUGCUUACAUCAACACCAUAGUCUAUCCUUUCACUUCCAUCCCCUUACUUGCCUAUUGUACCAUUCCAGCUGUUUGUCUUCUGACUGGAAAGUUCAUCAUCCCCACACUGAACAACUUUGCCAGUAUAUGGUUCUUGGCUCUUUUCCUCUCCAUCAUUGCAACCAGUGUGUUAGAGCUCAGAUGGAGCGGUGUUAGCAUCGAAGACUUGUGGCGUAAUGAGCAGUUUUGGGUGAUCGGUGGUGUCUCUGCACAUCUGUUUGCAGUCUUCCAAGGCCUCCUCAAAGUCCUUGCUGGAGUUGACACCAACUUUACAGUCACAUCAAAAGCAGCAGAAGAUGCUGAGUUUGGGGAACUCUACCUGUUCAAAUGGACUACACUACUCAUACCACCAACGACCCUUAUCAUCUUGAACAUGGUGGGAGUAGUUGCUGGAGUUUCUGAUGCCAUUAACAAUGGCUACGGCUCAUGGGGUCCGUUGUUCGGAAAGCUCUUCUUUGCCUUCUGGGUCAUUGUUCAUCUAUACCCUUUCCUCAAAGGUUUGAUGGGAAGGCAAAACAGGACUCCCACUAUUGUGGUACUUUGGUCAGUUCUUCUUGCCUCCAUCUUCUCAUUGGUUUGGGUAAGAAUUGAUCCCUUCUUGGCUAAGCAAACUGGACCAAUUCUUAAACAAUGUGGGGUGGACUGCUAAGCCAUGACAAUGCUGUUGGUGUCUUUUCUUUACCUUCUUCAUUGAUUGUCUUUGAAGUAAUGCAAAUUUUGCUUGUUUUUUUAAUGUUCCAAGGUGGUGAUUUGUAUAUUACACUAUCCAUACAUUCACUAAUGUUCAGAGAGACUGCCAAAUUAGUGUGUUCCUCUUU